CUCUUUCUUAAACAUUUACUCAUUUGUCUUUUGUUUAAAUCGGAUCCACGAGGAGAAGACCGUUCCUCGGCAUUCGUGUACCCUUCCCGUCUUCUUACCCCCUCUCUCCUUAUCUUCCUCUCAUCCCGGUAUUCCCUUUCGUCCGAAACCACCCCUGUUUACCUUCUGCAACUCUUUUCUCUGCAACAAUGUGGUGUUAAUGAGGAAGAGCCAGAACGUACCCAACCUUGAAUACGCAACACCUGCAAAUACGCAUUUAGCGAUGGUGGCAGGCAAAGUGAAGAACGCGAUGGGGCUCCAGAAGAGCCCUGCAACUCCCAAGCCGAACAACAACCCUCAGAAGCCCAUUUUUUCUCGCUCUUUUGGUGUUUAUUUCCCAAAAGCUUCGGCUCAGGUUCAGCCGAAGCCGCCUGAUUGCGCCUGUAAUGGCCAGGAUGUGGCUUCGCUGUUGCGCUUCAUUGAUCAGCUCCAAGAGAAUCAGUCGAGACUUCAGACUGAGCUCCUCGAGUUCAAGCUCCUCAGAGAAUCGGUCAAGGUUUUCGAGAGAGAAGUGGCGUCCAAAAAUGCGGUGCUGAAGAGUUUGGCGGAGGAGAAUGAGAGGUUCAGAUGUGAGGCUUUAGAGAGAGAAAAGGCCUCUGAGAACACAAUGCAGAUGACUUUAGAGGAGGAAAACGAGAGGCUGAGAAAUGAGGCCCAGGAUUUGAGCUCUGAAGUGGCAAGGUUGAAGGCCAAACUCAAUGAAUGCUCGUGUUCGAAUCAGUUUCAGGGACUCAUUGAUGUCUCUGCUCGAUCGAGUUUGAUGAAGAGUUUGAAAAAGGGGAUGAAUGGUGAGCAGAGAGAGAGUGUGAGUUCUAGUGUGAGCCAGGAGGGCCCGAGAGUGGACCCACUGGAAACUGGCCAGAGUCUGAAAAAUGCUGGCGAUUCUCAGGCAGAACAUCUGGAAAUAGACCAGAAUCGUGAGGCUUCCAGUGAGUGCGAUGAGGAAUUGCCGGAAAACAGCACGAAACUGGACGGUUUUGCUGAGUCUGUGGCAGAAAAGCUGAAGCCUGCGGUUUCAAAUAUACCAAAGCCUCCUCCUUUGCCUCCUUUUCCUUCCUCUUCCUCUUCUAUUUCUUCAUGUUCUUCUUCCUCUGUUUCUUCUGCUUUUUUAGAUAGAGCAAGGGUUGAUGGUUCCUCUUCUGGUUCAGAGAGAGAAAGGGUGGCAUGUUCUUCUGGUUUAGAAAGAGAGAGCAAUAAUAAACUGAUAUUUCCCCCUCCUCCUACCCAGUCUAGGGCGGAGAGAGCGGCGGCGCCACCCCCUCCCCCGCCACCUAUGCCUGCAAAGCUGUCUCGCUGUGGUUCUAUGGUGAGGCGAGUUCCCGAAGUAGUCGAGUUUUACCACUCACUAAUGCGACGCGACUCGAAGGAGUCGAAGAGGGAAUCUGGACCCGGGGUUUCCGAGAUCCCAGCGGCCGCGAACGCGAGAAAUAUGAUCGGAGAAAUCGAGAAUCGAUCCUCGCACCUCCUCGCUAUAAAAUCAGAUGUGGAGAAGCAGGGGGACUUCAUUAGAUUCCUCAUAAGAGAAGUACAGAACGCUUCCUUCUCCCACAUUCAAGAUGUCCUACCUUUUGUCAAGUGGCUUGACGACCAGCUCUCGUGCCUGGUUGAUGAGAGGGCAGUGUUGAAGCACUUCGAGUGGCCAGAGCACAAGGCCGAUGCCCUUAGAGAAGCGGCCUUCGGUUAUUGUGACUUGAAAAAGUUUGAAGCUGAGGCCUCGUCCUACCGCAAUGAUCUUCGCCAGCCUUGUGCCCCUGCUCUCAAGAAAAUGCAGGCUUUGCUCGAGAAAUUGGAGCAUUGCGUGUAUAAUCUUUCGAGGAUGAGAGAAGGUGCCAUCAAGAGAUACAAAGGCUUUAACAUUCCAUGGGAAUGGAUGCUUGAUACAGGCUAUGUUAGUCAGAUCAAGCUUGCAUCAGUGAAAUUGGCAAAGAAAUAUAUCAAAAGGGUGGCUUCUGAACUGGGAGCUGCCAUGAGUCCUGAAGAGAAAGAGGAGUUGAUUGUGCAGGGCGUCCGAUUUGCUUUCAGGGUGCAUCAGUUUGCAGGAGGUUUUGAUGUAGACACCAUGCGAGCGUUUCAGGAGCUGAGAGAAAAGGCUGGUUCUUGUCAUGCAGAGUGCGAUGUUCAGCAAAACAAGCUCGUGUGCAGCAGCAGCAGGAGGUCUACACCUUGUUAAUCCUGCCUUUUCAUAAGUUUAACCCAUUUUUUUGCAAGUUAUCCCCUCGUUAGGAAAUCUCUCUCUCUCUCUCUCUAUUCUGAGUUUCUUCAGUGAAACGGGUCUGAGAUACACCUACCAUGUACUGCCCUUGCUGCACAGUCCAAUGCCCAUGAGCUUGGUCGAAUACUUUCAUCCUUUUUGUAGUGUUUGCAUGGGCCCAAUCUUGUAUAGAGCUACGUCAACCAUUCCGUUGCGGGCUCAAAUUCAGUGUUCCAUUCGUCUCUCUCUCUAGUCUCUACGCGCACCAUGUCGAGAUGCCGCUGAUGUAUCUAUCAAGUGUUUACCCAUGUAAAUGGUGGUGUAAUGCUCUCUAUGUAUCUUCCCCAUAUUAAUGGAAAUGGAUGGCGUUCCCUUCCC